GUUAUAAUUUAUUAUAUAUAUGUAGAUACGUCGUGACUGCGUUUUCAUUCCACCUAAUGUAAAAGUGAAUUAAAAUUAAAUAACUUAGAUUUGAGUAGUUUAUAAAAAUUGGCCUAGCUUGCCGCCGCCAGCACCAAAUAUGACGGAAUCAACAAAACCAUUGCUUGGCUCCUGCUUAGCCAUUGUUGCGGUUCUACAUGUCCUUCUCCAGCCAACAGAUGCGACUGGUGCGGUGUCUAUGACCAGUGAAAAUAUUGAUAUGACGUUAGCGUCUAACGAAUUGGUUUUCCUUAAUUUUUAUGCGGAGUGGUGUCGGUUUAGUAAUAUAUUAGCGCCUAUUUUCAAUGAAGCGGCGGAUAAGAUUAAAGCGGAAUUUCCAGAAGCUGGUAAAGUAGUGCUAGGAAAAGUGGAUUGCGAUAAAGAGACAGCGAUUGCAUCCCGUUUCCAUAUCAGCAAGUAUCCCACAUUAAAGAUUGUCCGCAAUGGACAGCUCAGCAAGCGUGAGUAUCGAGGACAACGCUCGGCGGAGGCAUUCUUGGAGUUUGUUAAGAAACAAUUGGAGGAUCCCAUCAAGGAGUUCAAGUCAUUGAGGGAUCUGGAGAGUCUCGAUUCCAAGAAGCGUAGCAUCAUGGGCUAUUUCGAUCGCCGAGAUCAACCUGAAUAUGAUACAUUCAGGAAGGUAGCGACAAACCUUAAGGAAGAUUGCCAGUUUCAUGUUGGCUUCGGAGAAGCUUCUCAAGCAAUGCAUCCACCAGGCACUCCGAUUAUUGUAUUUAGACCGGAUGUGGCGUUAUCCCAUGAGAAUGAUGAGACCUAUACCGGAAGCUUAAGCAACUUUGAUGAGCUGAAAAUAUGGAUCCAAGAGAAGUGUGUUCCUCUUGUCAGGGAGAUAACAUUCGAAAGUGCCGAGGAGCUGACAGAGGAAGGACUGCCGUUCCUGAUUCUGUUCUAUAAACCCGAUGAUCUAAAUGCGAUUAAGGACUACAAAGCAAUCAUUGAGCAGCAGUUGUUGGAUGAAAAGCAGAAUGUAAACUUCCUUACUGCGGAUGGUAAAAGAUUUGCGCAUCCUUUGCAUCAUUUGGGCAAAUCCGAGGAUGAUCUUCCGGUCAUUGCGAUUGAUUCAUUCAAACACAUGUACCUCUUCCCUCAUUUCAAUGACAUGUAUACGCCCGGCAAGCUCAAGCAAUUCCUUCAAGAUCUUUACAGUGGGAAACUCCAUAGGGAAUUCCAUUAUGGACCAGAGCCCACAAGUAAUGAAGUCAAGCAUGAUAGUAAUGCAAAGGGAACGUCGCCGCCCGAGUCGAAAUUCAAGGAAUUGGGUCCAUCAAAACAUCGUUACACCUUGCUGGAAAAAGAUGAACUGUAAUAUUACAACUGUAUAUUCAUUUAAAUAUAAUUAUUAAAAAUUUUAUAAAAUCCGAGUCAAAUUGUAAA